CCCAUGGUUUUCUACUUCCUGGAGACUCAGCAUCAGAACAAAGCCAGCAGAGACUCGUUCACAGCCUCCUCUCUUCUCCAUCAUCAUAUCCACAGCUGUCUUGGCCUCGGCUGCUUGGCACAGUCCUGGGAAAAGGAAAAGAUGAAGUGGAAGAUGCUUGUUCUGGCGGCCAUCCUGCAGACACAGUUCCCCAGUACAGAGGCACAGAGCUUUGGCCUGCUGGAUCCCAAACUCUGCUACCUGCUCGAUGGAAUCCUCUUCCUCUAUGGUGUCAUUGUCACUGCCCUGUUUCUGAGAGCAAAGUUCAGCCCAAGUGCAGAGGCUCCCACCUACCAGCCCGGCCAGAAUCAGCUCUAUAAUGAGCUCAAUCUAGGACGAAGAGAGGAAUAUGACAUUCUGGACAAGAGGAGGGCCCUGGACCCUGAGAUGGGAGGAAAGCAGCAGAGAAGAAGGAAUCCUCAGGAAGGCUUGUACAAUGCAUUGCAGAAAGACAAGAUGGCAGAGUCCUACAGUGAGAUUGGGAUGAAAGGCGAGCGGCGGAGAGGCAAGGGGCACGAUGGCCUUUACCAGGGGCUCAGCACUGCUACCAAGGACACCUACGAUGCCCUCCACAUGCAGACCUUGCCCCCUCGCUAACAGCCAGGGGAAUUCAUGCAGCCUGACCUGCUGACACCUAUAUUGUGAAGAACACAGGAUAAAGUGGUUACAACCCAGGUCAUUCCUUCUCAGGGACAGGAUGCUUCAAGUUGUCACAUUUGGUCUCUUAAUUCCAAACUUCCAUAUACAGAAUGUCAUCCCUCCUGGACUCUUUUAAGAGAGCUACCCCCUUUUAUCCCUGUAUGAAUGGCCCUGUUCUCAGGCCUGUGGUUUUCAGGUAGCCGUAGGCAGGGCCAUCUCCCUGAAAUUCUGUAAAGGGAAUCCCCAAAUGUUAGCAUAAAUCCUGAUGGAAUCAUUCUGUUUGUAUUUGAGUGGCUUUGCUCUGGCUGUAAAUUUGGCUUUUGUAUUGUCAAUCUUCCCAUGUCGAGGUAACUUGUUCUUGGGCCAUGUACAAAAGGAUUGGACAGAGGGACAAGUUUCACCUGCCAGAAGGGGCUGAAGGAAGUGGGGAGAGGUCUGGGUACAGGGAGCCAUUAUGAAGGGGCCUCUGUCAGGUGCCAGGCACUCCAAGGACAAGAUUGUCUUUGUUCUUACCAAGCUCAUAUUUCUUAGAAGGCAAAUGACUUUUAUAACUGUGUAGGACAUGACAUUAUAGAAGAUGGGCAAAGCAUAGGGUUGAGGGUCAGAGCAAGAGAAAGGAACAAGUCCUGCCUUCCUCCUGGUAUUCCAUACUGUGAACAGAAAGACCAGAACCCUACAAACUCAAGAAGACUGCACAGCAGGCACGAUGGGAAAUACCUCAGUGAGUAGACUGCAAUCCUGCUAUGUAAUGAGAGUACAUAGCCUUGAACAGAAAACUUUCUUUGCUCUGCUUGGUUUUAAUUUAUACUGACUCCUCAAGCCUUAUUAUGUUGCAUAAUAAAUGUCUUGGUGAAAAUGCUGCUGUGCUCUUAACUUUACUUCAGCAAUCAAGUCUGCAGACACCAGGAAAUCCAUACGUUGUCCUUGCAUAAAGUGCUGAUUCUGCCAGGCACACACAGGUGUGUGUAUGGGAGCACCCAGAUGUUCAGAGUCCUCAUGGGGGACAGUGCUUACAUUGCUAAGUGAGCAAGGCUAGUGGCUACGCCUUGGGACAAAUGGUAGUGCUCAGUGCAAUGGCAUGGAGUGGGCCUUAUGCCCAAGGCCAGAGAGUGUAGUGGAACCGGUGCUCUAUGGCCUUAGUCCUCACUGGAAACUGGCAGGGGUGGCAAUGUUGUGAGCAGGUGUCCAGAACUAAACAGGAGCUCACCCUACCACGUCAAAUGUCUCAUCCACAAGGCUGGGGAUGAGUGGUAGACAAGAGUGCUCUUGUCUACUUUUUCUCACCCAAAAUGGCCCUGCUCCAGAAGCAUUUCUUCUACCUGCAGUAGCUCUCCAUAAGGGCCUUUCAAUUUAUUAUGUGCACCAAUUAAUAUGGCGUGACUUUGAAAUCUAUUCCUUGGUCUUUUUUUCAAUAUAAGUCCAAGGCCAUCUGUAUAAAGUCCCUGAAAAUUAGGGGUUUCAACAGCAAUGUACAUCACUACCAGGCACAUAUGACAACUUGCACAAGCCACCUAGACAAGGUCUUUGAAUUGUAACCUAGUCUUGCAGGGCAUUUCUACUGGGCCUUGAAAGCUGAAGUCAGGCUCAUUUUUAGUAAAGUGAGCCUUAUACUCAGAAUUUGUGCUAGACCUAGUUUUAAGAUCAGCUGAGUUUUAUACAGGCACUGUGACCAGAAUAGUUGGCUUGAAAAAUAAUGAGUUUAACCUAGUUCUGUCAAG